AUGAGACAAAGGAGAGCACUUAGACAAUUCACUUUGAGUACAGGGAAGUCUGCUGGUAGGAAUUCCUCAGGGCGUAUUACGGUUUUUCACCGAGGGGGUGGAUCGAAGCGAUUGCAGCGAAGAAUUGAUCUGAAACGAAAGACUGAGUCUAUAGGCGUUGUAGAAAGGAUAGAACGUGCGCCUAAUCGCUCUUCUCGGAUCGCUCCGGUACGAUGGUUCCCCCGGGGGGGGGUCCGCCAAUGCAACACGAUAGAAGAGUUCGCUCCGCCGCGUAAGAUCCUCGAAUCAAAAUCAACCACGACGUAUAUCUUUGGGAGAAAAUACUUUAAGGUAUUCGCUCUUCUCCUUGUACUCCUUUUUCAUUGGUACUCGGGGGGGGAGAUUCUCGAAGGAUUCGUUGCCGCGUGCGACGGGAGGAGGGAGCCCUCCUUUGACCCUAUUUACCCUCCCCAAAGAGAUGGGCAGCCAGCCAUUCCCCAGCCGGAGGUUCAGCCGGUUCCGCGCGCCAUCCUGGUUCCGGAAUUAGAGCACCCUCUUCUUUCAGAUAGGCAAAGGAGAGCAGAGCUUCAGACCCGGCUAGCGUUCUUCUUUCAAGAGAGGAACGAGGCCAGGCACCUCCCAAUCUAUCUUGGGAUACUGGACAAGCAGUUCCUGGUCGAAAAGAGGGUCGAGGCUGCAUUGGUGCAGGAUGGGUUUUCCCCCCAGAUGCUUUCGCGUCGGAAGUGGGAAAUCCGCAGCAUCUUAUUCAGUCACCCUACUCGGGUGGGAACUGCUAUCGCCGAAAAUACCUUAAAUAGGUAUUUGGCCCAGAUGGAACGGGAGGGCACGCGACAGAGUCUACCCUAUCUAAGGGUGAUUCGCGCAAGCCGGUUUUGGGUCUGA